UAUGUACUGUACAUAGAAAAUCUUUGUAGAUAAAAGCAAGGCUUGUUAAAUAUGAUAUGAGGGUAAGAUUUUAAUAUACCAAAUGUAACAUUCUUAGUUGCCUUUAGUUUCAGAGGCUUGUAAGACUUCCUCAUGACCAUCAUAACAGGCCUUGCUUUUGUCGUAUUUUGUGGCUGAAAAAGCAGCCUUGCUUCUUCAGAUAUUGUAGUUAUUUGGAUGUAUAAUAGUUUAGCAAGAUGUUACUUUUGUAAUACAUCAGAUGUUCAGAAAAAAAGUGCAUCCGAACUUGUACUAAAUACUGCAGUGUCCCUUUAUAAAAAGUCAGACUAAAACUGACAGUUGUACAGCGAAGCCUGACAUUUGGAUAUUUUGAAGUUUUUUCAUAAAUCAUAGAAAUUAGUAUAUGGCUGUAGUUUAGCUUUUUAGGUAAAAGGUAUGUUUCAUUAGUGCAUUUCUUACUGCUGAUCACUGCAAAGAUGUGAAUCAGCUUUCCAUUUCUUAUGCAGGUCAUGAUAACUUGUAGAGUAGAGUACAAUCAUUUGUGCUAUGUUUUUAAUUUUCUAAAGCACCUUGAUGACAGUGAGUGUUCAGUGGUGAAGCAUCCUCUAUUGAAUCACCCUCAAAAAAAUUUUUUGCCAAGUCCUAAGUUUAUAGCUUAAAAUCAAAAGUGAAAUUAUAGUUUAAUUAGGACUUGGUAUAAAGAAUUCCCUUCUCCCCUUCCCCAAAGGGAUACUGCAGUUAUAUCACAUACCCAAUAGGCACCACAAUGAAGAUCAGAGCUUAUUAUACUUAAUUAAGGUUUUAUACACACCAGUUCCCCAGUAAAUGCAAAUUUAACAGUAAAAUUAGACAUGUCAUAUGUUCAAAAUGCUCAUGGCAAACAAUCAUUUUGCAUUCCUGCAAAUAAAAUUGUUUUAUACUGUAAGCUGGAGGCGAGUGUAACUUAUUUUUGUAAUAAAGUUUUUAUUUUUUUUAUGUGUCAUUAAUAUAAAUGUGUGUUAGUAGAAAUCUUCUGGUUUAAAAAGUUAGAAUUGCACACAUUUCGGUAUGUUUACUUGUACUUACAUAAUUUUAGAAUAGUGGUUGCCAAUAGCCUGUGUGUUUCACAUUAAUUGGUUUUUUAUGUUAUCUUAAUAAAUCAUUUUAGUAUGUUGUAUGUCAGUUACUGGGAUAGCUGGGACAUAGAGUGUAAUUUAAAAUUUGUCAAUAAGUAUUCAUUGGAAUAUAUGUAAAUGUGCCUUGCCGGUUAUUGAAAUUUACCUACAAAUGAGUAUGGGGUGACAAAAAUUAGUUCCUGGUGCUUAAUGAAACUUUCUGCCACUGAUUUUUUAUAUUACCCCGUGCUUUUUUAAAGUACAUGUCUCUCAAAUCUUAGUGUAAGUUUGAGGGCUACACAAAACAUUUACAUUUCAUUCUAACAUAAUGAGUAUAAUAGGUUUAUGAAAAGUGGGUAAACUAAAUGUAGCCUUCAGUAAAAUUGAAUCUCAGUGUAAUCCUUGGUGCUGGCAUUUCCCAGUACCAGGGAGUUAAUGAUCCUAUCAAAGAGGUCAUUGCCAUGCCUAUUGGCACUUUACUGUCAUACUGUUUUUAAGGGACACUGUCAAGGUGUUUAAGUUAAUUCUCAGAAUUAUUUUUUGGGAUUUUAGGGCAAGUUUGUUUGACUUAAGUAGAACUGCAUUGUCAAAGUUGAAAGAUGAACACUUUUGUGAGUCCACAAAUGUGUUCUUAAGCAUUACAAUAUCGUGGAGCUGUGGAUUUCCAAGACUAUUUGGCAUUCAUAGUUUGGGGACUUGGGAGGGAAGACUGAUGAUAUAAAGAAAUUGUGAAGAAUUGUUGGUUAUACUUAAGGCUAAUGUAAACAGGGGUAAUAUAUACACGCUCAAGUGAAAUUACUUGACAGUGUUCAUUUGAAUAACUGAAUUCAAGCCAUUAUAAUUGCUUUUAAAAUUAAAUAUCAUUUGCACUGUUCUGAUAAUGGGUGCAGUUUUUGAGCAAUAUAAUCAGAGCUAAAUAUGCAUGUAGUGAUUAGUGAUGUGAACAAUUAAGUUCUGAGGAGAAAUACUAACUGGUAUUUUCAAACUUAAAUUUCUGUAGUAAAAUCCAUAUCAAACUCUUAUCAGAGAUCAAGGAAACAGGCAAUGCAUAUAAACAUACUUCUGAAUGUUGUGUGGCCUAUAAAGCAAUAAUGCAAUUUAUAUGGAAUGUCAUGGGAUAUAAGAAAUGGAAAUGCAAAAAUAACUAAUCCUUUAGUAAAAAUGUCAACAUGUUAAGGGGGAAUGUUAACUAUUGUAGGUUAUUACUAUUUGUGAUUUGUUUUUGGGUUCUUGGCUUUGACAGCUUCAAAGAAUGGACAGAUGACAAGUUAAAAAUUUUUGUAUGUAUUGUCACGGCAAGGGUCUGAAAUUGAAAUGCAAGAGUCAGCUCCCUUCCUUGGGGUGAAAAAUGUAUCCGUAAAGCAUUCUGAAUGUUAAAAAGAAAACUUGAGUUACCUAACAAAAACAGACGCAAGAUUUUGUUUCUGCAGACUACUUGGCAAUCAUAAAUUUAGUUUAUCAAUAUUCAGAAAGUUGAUUUGUGAGAAAAUUGUGUUAUACGUAUUCUACCAAACAUGCUUUUUACAAAAUAUUUUCAGCCAUUACAACUAAAUAAGAGAGAUGAAGGGAGAAUUGAGCACAAAAAGCUGUUGCACACAUGAUGGCGGUUGCUGUAGCGCCAUGAGAAAUUUUUCUACUGAUUACUGUAAGCUGAACUUAACAGAAUAUUAGCAUUUUCCUCAUAAUCAAAUGGAAAAACAGAAAUGGAUUGAUGGGGUGACCUGGGGUAUUCAAUUGUAUAUAAAAUAUUUAGAAAAACUUAAUAUUAGGAUGAGCUGCAUGGUGGAUGGGCAGAAUUACACAUGCAGGACAACUUUUUUGACUGCUGAGCCAAAAGUCACUGUUGAUCAGAAACAGCAAAAGAUCACUGUUAUUACAGAGUAUGACAUGUAGUCUGUAUUUUAACAGAAGUUAAAAACAGGAGGGCUUUAUGCAUUUAGAAGAGGGAGCUAACCCUAGAUUGAAGUGAUUAUUCAGGUUCGUAUAAUUUUCAAGAAUACCCACCAUGACCAUUUUUUUCCCAAUGAUGUAUACCAUAAAAUUUUUUUCUGAUCAUAGGAAUUCAGUGGUAGGUGUAGAAUUAAUGAAUAAAAAGUUUAAGUGACAAUACAUCAAAGGAACAGACCUGGGAUGUUUUAAGGUGUAGUAUAAAUUAUUCAGUAAUCAUACCACUCAGUAGGGUGUGCCACUACGUAUCGUAAGAUGCUACUUAUGAGCCAAUGUUUGCAGACAUUUUUAACUAUGGGCAAAAUAGUAGAUGGAUUUUUUUGGGUCUGUCAGCUUUUCUAAGGUACUUAAGAUAGUACUUUAUAUAAAUUCCAUUAGUAGCACAGUCUGCCUUUAGUAAUAACUAAAAUGUUUUUCAGGACCAGAAGUAUUCAGUUGGGAAGAAACAGUCUUUUUUAUAAGUGCAAAUCAGUAUUAUAAUUAAUACUCUGGGUCAAAUGAUAUUAACAGUAGUCUAAUAAAGGUAAACAUUUAGAAGUCUGGCAUUGAGAAACAAAAGCUUGUACCUGAUUAGUAUUUUAAUUAAAAUAUUAGUUUUGUUAGCUUAUUUUUAAAUUGUCUUUUACAUUUAUCCAUAAAAUUUAUAUAUUUAUUUCAUUCCUUUCAUCUCACUGAAAACUGUCUGCAGGCUCUUUGAUUUGGGUUAGAUGUAUGAAGUACUGUCUUUUGCCAAAAACCUCAAAUUUCCUGUUCUUUUCAACGUAGUGGGUUUGUGCUUGUUUGGAGAUCAGUUCAAAAACUCUGUACUAUCUGUACUGCCUCUGAUGUUAAGAUUCUAUGUAUAGCAUAAGGAAGCUAGCUCUGACUAUAUUUUCCUAAGAAUAAAGACCUAUUUUUGUAGCAUGUCUUAGGAUCUCCAGGAGUCCAAGAAUUAUUGUGGGUGUCCUCCAUUUCAUCAUUUUUUAUUUAACAGCUUUUAAAUAGACACUUGGAGUCUUUAGAGCUCUUUCAUCUUUUGGUAACCCAUACAUUCAAAUCAACUAGACUGGUAAAAACAAAUUCCCCAAGAUCCUCAGUUGCAAGCACAUGACGGGGGGAUAUUUAACAGUAAAUACAUAGGUCUGGUCUUCAUUAAGUGAUGAUGAAAAUGGUCAAAUACAUGUCAGCGGAUUCGAUGAAGAAGUUACGGUAAUUCAUUUUUAUGUUUCUGGGAACAUGCUCCACCACGCAGUGUUCUUUCCUUCUCUGUCACUAGCAAAUAGACAUUUUCUCUGAAGAUUUUGGAAAUGAGAAGUUGAGGUUGCAAGGAAUUCAGGAGAGAACAACAAACAAUCUAUUCUAAUGUUCCACAUUUAGAUGACUGCAAAUGAGGUUAGGUAGGUGAAAGCUUAAAAUGUGUUCAUUAAGAGAAGUUGAUAAAUCUCUAUUAAAGAAUGGGGAACUUAUAAAUAAAUUUGGGGCUUUUGACUUACAGACCUAGAAUUUCUGGGGGUAGGGGGUUUGGGACAGGUAUAGCUCCAGCUACUUGAAUAGUACAAGAAUCCUUUUAGGUCACUUUUUCUAUUUAGGAUUUCCAAAGUUUAUACUGAGUGCAAAAAAGUUUUUCUUGUUUCAGAACAGUCAUGGAAAUUUUAUGAUAACUUGAGAAAUUAUGGUGUACCACUAGGGCAUUUUGAAAAUCAUUUCCGUUGCCUGUUUGAUCCUCUGCAGAUGCCAAACUAGUACUUAACAUUUUCUUGAAGUCAGGGGUGCUGAAUAAAAUUACCUUUUUGAGUGAGGGAGGUGUCACAUUUUAGAAAUCAGUGUCAUUAAGCGUUAAACAGCUUUUUAAAACGUGUUCAUAAGUGAAGUUUAGUAGGAGGAAGAUAAUAAUUUACUACUAGCUUCAAUGAAUGCAUUUGAUUUUGUCUGGCUUAAAACAUUCUAAUAUGAGAAGUUACAAAGGCUGCUGUCUGUAAUGUUUAUGAAUUGUCAUUUCUUGUCCUAAUUUUAGGCUUCUAGCUGUUUUGAAAAGAUUUUUGUGACAAAGUUUACCUUGCUUUGGAGAGAAUUUUAGGAUACUCAAGGGAUUUGGCAUCUUGUGUCAUUGAUGAGCUACAGUGUUUUUGUUUUUUUCAGGCAGAAGGGCAAAGGAUUUAGUGUGAAUUAGCCACUAAUGUCCACAAGUUACCUAAAGAAUAAGCAGAUUAGGGUUUGUUCAUAAUAUAAAACCUGUGGAAAAGAGUUUUGUAGAUUCUAAAUGAUAAAAAUUAGGCCUAUUAAGUGUAGAAACUUAAACCAUGACCAUGUAAUGAAGAGUUUUCCACAUCUUACAUCUUCUGUGACUUAUUUAAAUAGUACAAACUUUAAAUGACAUGAAGAAAAUAAAUUUGAAUAAUCUGCCCUUGAAUAAUAAUUUGUGUAAUCUUGCCUUUGACAAAAGUGUAACUUACUGUGAGAAUUAGAAAAUGCCAGUACUGUAUCAUUUGAACGCAGUAUUGCUAAAGCUGGGUAUAUCUGUUUAACAUUGUGCGUAAAGAACCCUUACGAGUUCAUUUUUUCAAAAUAUAAUUUUUAAAAUGUCAGUGUUCAUGUUGGUUUAAUUAUAAGACCGUGAAUUAGACCUCUAAAAUUGCUUUAAUUUAACAUGUCAUGAAAAAUUGGAAAAACAUUGUGUUUCUCAGUAUAAUAUUUGGAUAAUGCUUGGAGAAAAGUAAUGAGCAAUUUAUAUCAAAGGCAAUCUAUAAAAAUUGACAGAAUACAUUUUUUAAUUCUACUCCACAUGUGUAUGUAAUACAGAAUGUUACUUUGGCAAAAUUUAAUUUCUACCUUCUUGCUUUGUUCUUGAAAUAGUAAAAAUCUUCCAUGAAUUUGCAGAAAUUAAAUUCUGAUAGUUCUUCAAAAUAAUUAAGGACAGGUGCACCCUGCCUAACGUCAGCGUCAUUUAGAAUUAAAAGUUGAAAUUCUGAAAUUACAUCAUUUAACAGGGCUUGAUUGAUUUCUUGAAGAUCCAUUUAGCUUUUAGGGAAACAAAGGUAGGGGCCCAGCAAGUAGAUACAGCUACUCAGUUUCUUUGGCUUAUCCCAAAGAGUCUUUGUUUGUCAGUCUGCUUAAAUUAUUCCCUAAUUUAAGGUCAUUCAGUUUCUUCUCUAUGAUUUAUUUUGGCUCCUUUUAGAAUGGAAGCUCUUUGAGGGCAAGGAAAUCUGAAUUGAUGCUAGGCAGGCAUUUAAAAAAUACUCCUAAAUAUAUUUUUAUUUUGUAGUGGAAAUUUAGCAUGUUGAAUGAGGCUUAAUUGUAUCAUGUUAACUUGAAAAAAUUGGAAUCAUGUCUUGAACCACAUAAUUUACAAUGUGGAAGAUUUUUAAAAAAUAACAUAAAAUACUAAUGUGUUAAGUCAGAUUUUGAAGAUCAGAUUGAAAUUGUCAAUCUGAUAUUUUCCAAAAAAAAAAAAUCAUAAAAUUGUCUUCAUAUUAUGGAAAAGUUGGUCUUCCAGUCUGUAGACUGCUUUAUGUUUUUUAUAUUUAUUAACUGUAAUUGUUAACCCCGUGUGAAAGUUGUUACUAUUCACAUUUUUAUUAUUUGAAAUUAGAGGAAAAGGGGGUUCACAAGUCAUCUUUAUCAUGGACUUGAGGAAAUCUAGCAAUUUUCCUUCAUGUUCAAUUUAAUUUGCCAAACAAAAACAGUAUCAACCUACAGAUUCCUUGUAUGAGGUGGUGACACUUGUUUUGCUGGUUAAGAGUAUAGUUGGUUUAUAAAGUUUUUAUAAGAUUCUUUUACAGAGCACUUUUGAAGAUCAGAAUACAGAGAUGUUGAGAUCCUGAGAAAAGCAUGAAGGCUAGAUAACAAAGUCUUGAAAACAGUUAUUCCUAAGAGUAAUCCAUUUUAUAUUUUAAAAUAACCUUAGAGCAUUAGUUGCAUCCAUAUGAAUAGCUUUAUGUUACUUACCAGACAGUAGGUGGUUGAAAUUAUCACCUGAAAAGUAAGGCUCAAAAAUAAAAGGUUUUGAGUUUAAGGCACUGUGUCUCACUACAGUGUGUAUAUACCUCCUAGUUUGAGUAAUGAUGAGUUAAGGUGUUAUUUAUGCUUAUAUAUACUUGAUGGCACUUUAAAGAGAUCUGUACUUGGAAAACAUGUGAACAGCACAGGAUAUGAAAGUCUCUUUUUUGCCUGAAACCCUGCCCCACUCAGAGAUAACCCCCUCUCUCUAGUUCAUGGCGGUUAUACUUUCUACACCUCUAAUUAUUACCAACUUUAAGCAGAUUUUGUUUUCCCCUGGUAAGCAACUUAGCUAAUACCACUCCUGUUCUUUUGCCAAACUAUUUUAAAUUCAAUUAGUUACCUUUAUUACUUUAAAUGCACUUAAUUCCCUACUACCAAUUUUAUUAUGUUUACUCAUUAUAUAAGGAAACAGCACACUCAUACUUUUUUCUUUCUUUUCCCAACUCCUGUUACUGAUAUCUUUACUCUUUUGCCAUCAAGUUUGUAACAUAACGAAUUAUCUUCUCAUACUUUGCCUCUAGACCUAGAUAGCCAAAACUGCAUUUAUAUAAUAAGUAAUGUGCUUAGAUCCACAGGUAAUUGAUUCUACUUUGCCAAAAAACCCAUGCCCUUCAGAGGGCAAAAUUCCAAGAGUACGGAUAAAUUUUAUUCUUUUAUGUUCCAUCAGUUGCUUAGAUUCAUGCCAUUGUUAAAAUAGGGAUCAUGACUUUGAUUUUUUCUUGAGUUUCUAAUUAACUUUUUUCUUGGUAGCAGAGAAGAAAAGGUAAUACACUGAGGUCUUCUGGCUUUUGUACUGUUGGAUGCUGUAUGUGCUCCUAUCAUCCUGGGAGUUUGUUUUUCCACCCAUUGCAUUGCUGGGGCCCACAAUUUCUUCGAUUUUAUCUUCCUCUUGGAUUCCCUUUUCUUCUUGCUGCAGUAUGUUCUCAACUAACAUAUUUUAGAAAGGGUACAUGAACUGUCAACGGUCUUGCAUACUAGAAGAUACCUGUCUCUUGCCGUUGAUAGAGUUUGGAUAUAGAAUUUACUCACUUGCAUUGUCAUUUUCCAUCAGAACUCUGUAGGCAUUGUUCCACUUUGUUUUUUUAGUGUCCAGUGUUGCUGAUGGCAAGUCUGAUUUGAAUGCAGUUCCUUCUUUGUAGGUUGUAUGGUUUUUUUCUCAUGGAGACAUUCAGAAUUUUUUUACUUAGUUUUCUAAAAUUUCAUAAGGCUGUAUGCAUAGGUGUUCAUUUAUUUUGCUUAUUAACCUGAACUCUCAACAGUUUGUUACUCAGUUUUGCUUUUCACUUUUUCCAGCUUGUUUUUCUGCUCUCUCUAGAGCUUGGAUUGGAAUAAUUGGACUGUCCUGGAUUCUCUUGUGUUUAAAUUUUUUUUCCUUAUCCAUCAAUUUGCUAGAAAACGUCACUUCUUAGAUUUUAGCAGUGUAGCAGCCUGAUGCAUGCAGUAUUUUGAUCACUCUUGAAUGCUAGAGAUUUUUCAAAGUUAACACUUUCUUCUAGGAUGAGUUGAAAUAGUUUACAUUGGUUAUGUCUUUUCGUGCUUCUGAUGUUUUUCAAAUGCUUGGUGGUUCUUUGUUUUACAGACCUUCAGCUAAUCACCUGUGUUUCUUUCCCCUCCUCCUGCAAACCAGAGAUCUUUUUCUUCCCACUCAUUCCUGCCAUUGAAAAUUAUCCCUUUUCCUUGCUGUGAGUGCUAAUAUGAGCUUCAUUUCAUCUUUUGUACCUAAAUUGUUUAGUAUUAAAAACGUGUUUGUUUUUUUUUUAAUAGAACUGGGUAGUAAAACAAUAGGUGGCACUUCAUCUUGAAAUAUUAAAAGGAACCAUCUUAAUUUGUAUUAUCACUUUCAUACCAAUUCAUUUAAAAUUUCUAGAAAAAAGUUGAACAGCCCCUAGCAUAGAGGAUGUUUUGUGACUAAGAAUGCAAAUAUAUUUAGUGAUAUUUUUGACUGGGCAGACCCAUUUUUUUCUUUAUUGGGGGGAAGGUCUCUUCAAAAAGGAUUAGGGAAUAGUACGAAAGGUUCAGAAAAUGUUUGGGCAUAUAAUUUCUGAACAUUUAAAAAGAAACCAUUGAGCAUUAUUUUGUUUUUUCCAUUUACAUUUGACAGCUUACCUUGAUGUCUUGCUGUUAUCAGGUAAUGACACUUCAUUCCUUAUUGUGGCAGAGAUCUCUCAAUCCUACCUUCUUCCAGAUUUGGUAUUUUGGGAUUUGAUGAGAGCCUGUGUUAGUCUACUUGUGGAAUAUAUGCUUUUGUAUUUAUGUCAUACACUUGUCUUUGCUUAGCAAACCAACCCAAAACCCACUGCCAUGGAGUCAAUUCCGACUCAUAAAUAGCGACCCUAUAGGAUAGAGUAGAACUGCCCCA